AUGAGUGCUAAAGUUGCCACUGCUGUUCAAAGAGAAACUUGCACAAAAACUGUUUGCCCAUGCAAAGCUAGAUGUCAAGCAUUCAGAGCUGAAGUUAUCAAAAGAACUAUUAAAAAUCAUAAAGACAUUGAAGCCACUAAGAAAGCAGUUUAUGUUGCUAAGAGAAAUGCUGAAAUUAAUGGUGAUUUAUAUGCUGAAGCUGAUCCAAAAUUAAUUGUUGCCAUUAGAAUUAGAGGUAUUAAUGGAGUUUCACCAAAGAUUAAGAAAAUCCUUAAACUCCUUAGAUUAAGACAAAUUAACAAUGCCGUCUUCAUUAAGGCAAAUGCAUCAACUAUUAAGAUGUUAAGACUUGUUGACCCAUAUGUUACUUAUGGUUAUCCAACUUUAGAAACUGUACAAAAACUCAUUUACAAACGUGGAGCUCUUAAAAUUAAUGGAAAUAGAAUGCCAAUUACUUCUAACUGUAUGAUUAAGAAAGCUCUUGGAGAUAAAGAUAUUGUCUGUGUUGAUGAUCUCGUUCAUGAAAUUUACACUGUUGGAAAGCACUUUAAGGAAGUUAACAAUAAACUUGCUCCAUUUAAAUUAAACGGUGCUAAAAUCGCUGAAAAGAAUAAGAAGAUUCAUUUCAUUCUCGGAGGAGGAUUUGGAAAUCGUGAAUUACUCAUUAAUAAACUCAUUGCUAAAAUGAAUUAA